AUGGGAAAAGGAGAGGCCAGAGAGUCAGUCUGCCCUGCAGUCACAUGUGAAACACUUCAGUAUGCCCAGCCUAUGGACAGAUGUGGAAAGCGCUGUGACACCCCAGACUGGAAGCAGGCUGCAGCCGGACCAGCACCAGCCCAUCUCUUUGUCCACCUCCGCAGUCAGCUAGCUCCACCUGCUGAAGAUGUAAUUAGUUUGACCUCCAUGGAGAUGUCCCCAAAACUGGUCUCCUCUGUUCUGUUGACAUGGUGUGUGUCCCUGAUGUUCCUCCUGACCUCCACCACCCUGACGGUGAGUUCUGCCCCAACAACCGGACCCACCAGGCUUCUGUUCGACAGCGGCACGUCGGGCUACAACCUGCGCAACUGCAGCUGCUCCGCGGCCAUUCAGGACUGUAACGAGGCGCUGGCCAACUCGCUGUGCCGAUGCCACUCUGUUCCUCGUUCCUCCCUUCACCGCCAUGGCCUCAGAGAGCCUGGACAUCUGGACAUCUGGGUGAAAGAUCCGUGGAUCCUGGAGGAGCUUCUGAAUGGCAGUACGGUUGAACAUUUGCGGUUGUCUUUCUGUGGAAAGAAGCCACUCCAGAGCCAGCAGCUCACUCUGCUCGGUCUACGGACCCUCCAAGUUCACAGCACCACACCAGAGGUCCAGCACCCCAACAAGGAAGUGGUGGUCUUUCCCUCAGCAGGACUGGCAGACGUUCCCUUUCAGGUGUCUUCUUUCUACCACGUCACCAUCCUGGACGUUGAGGUGUUGAAUGGGCUCUCGGCUCUGAAGGCCUACAGCGUGCUGGGACCGGCGGCCCCCGCCCUCCCCCAGGUUCUGCCUCACCUGUCCUGGUCCUUCAAUGAGCUCUCCUCUGCUGCACUGGAAGGUUCUCUGGGUGCUGGAGAGAAGGCUUUAGAACCUCAGCCACAGCUUCUCAUUACGUUUGUCUACUAACAUGUAAAGACCAAGUCAAUGUCAAAUCCAUGUUAAGGAUUCUUUGUAUUUUACUCGGACCCCUGUCAUUCUGACAGGUUUGUGAUCUCCCACCACAUCUGGGCAGAUGCUGGGUAAUGGCUUCAAGGAUGGAACUGCUCUGUUUGACUUUACUGGCGUAACCUUCCCGUUGCUGCUCUCUGCUCCUGAAAGGAAUUCCCUGAACCUUUCACCCCUCAAUCACAACUUUGGAUGGAUGGAUGGAUGGAUGGAUGGAUGGAUGGAUGGAUGGAUGGAUGGAUGGAUGGAUGGAUGGAUGAUGGAUGGAUGAUGGAUGGAUGGAUGGAUGGAUGGAUGGAUGGAUGGAUGGAUGCAUGGAUGGAUGGAUGGAUGGAUGGAUGGAUGGAUGCAUGAAUAGAUGGAUGGAUGGAUGGAUGGAUGCAUGAAUAGAUGGAUGGAUGAUGGA